AACUAAUGCUGCAAUGGUUAUCUCAUGCAGCAAUAUUUCCCCAGACAUCUGGUUACCUACUUUAAUUUGAAUUACUGUGCUUCAGAAUCGUGUAAAGGAAAAAAAGAAAGCAAUAUAUACAAGGAAAAAGAACACAUACAAAUGAAAAAGAACUAUAUGGUUAGAAAAGUACUGUAAGGAAAUAUCCAUGAGCAUUAAUAGUGGUUAUUCCUCGACAGUGAAAUUGAUUUUUACGUAUUAUUCAUAAUCAGAAAAAAACAUCUAUUUUUUUAAACUUUUUUUCAAUCAAGUCAACCGAUUCUCGGGGCUGAAAGAGGGUUUAGCACCCCCGGCGAGCAGUUUAGUCUCCUCUGGUUCUGCAGUCGUACUCGCCGGACAGCGGGGACCAAGGGACGCAGGGACGGAAGAGGGGGCGCAGGGACCGGGGCACGCAGGGAACAGAGCUGGGCCGCCGCGCCCGGCGCUGCAGGUUCGGACUAGAGUCCACACGGGUCGCCGGGGCAACGAGGGCUCCGCGCGGUGGCGCAGCGACCCCGAGUUGCCACGGAGAGCCCAGCCUCCUCCUACGCGAGGCGGGUUUCUGCGCGCGGACCUCUCAGGGCCCCGCGGGCUGCGGUUGUUUGCAGGGACGGAGGCGGUGAGGGCGGGGCAGCGUCUGGCCCCGCCCCUCCACCUCGGCCCCGCCCUGCCCCCUGUGCGCACUCGGCUCGGCUCGGCAGCCGGCGGGACGCGGCGGCAGCGGUGGCGGCGGCAGUUCUGCGCUCCCUCCUUUGUACUCGGGCAGCCUCUGCUCCCCGUUCGCGCGUCCUCUCGGCCCACCAGCUCGUGCUCUGCGGUGACGGACGAUGUCGGCGGUGGGCACGGGCGCGGGUGUGGAGGCGGGCUUUUCCAGUGAGGAGCUGCUGUCGCUCCGCUUCCCGCUGCACCGCGCCUGCCGGGACGGGGACCUGGCCGCGCUCUGCUCGCUGCUGCAGCAAACUCCGCGCGCCCACCUGGCCGCCGAGGACUCCUUCUACGGCUGGACGCCCGUGCACUGGGCCGCGCACUUCGGCAAGUUGGAGUGCUUAAUACAGUUGGUGAGAGCUGGAGCUACGCUGGACGUGUCUACCACGCGUUACGCGCAGACCCCGGCCCACAUCGCGGCCUUCGGGGGCCACCCUCAGUGCCUGGUCUGGCUGAUCCAAGCAGGAGCCAGCAUUAACAAGCCGGACUGUGAGGGUGAGACCCCCAUUCACAAGGCGGCUCGCUCUGGGAGCCUGGACUGCAUCGGUGCCCUGGUGGCCAGUGGGGCUCAUGUCCACCUGAGAAAUGCCAGUGGCCUGACGGCAGCAGACAUUGCUCAAACCCAGGGUUUCCAAGAAUGUACCCAGUUUCUGUUGAGCCUCCAGAAUUGUCAUCUGAACAGUUUCUAUAAUAAUGGCACCUUGAAUGGAGGCCAUCAGAAUAUAUUUCCUAUUAGUGUGGGAACAAAUCGCAAGAGAUGCUUGGAAGAUUCGGAGCCCUUUGGAGUAAAGAAAGCUAGAACCGAAGCUCACAGCUCGGGUUGCUGUGUGUCCCUAGCGAAUGGCGAGGCUGAAGACGAUGCUGACAGAAUGCUCGUGGACAGAGAGUUUGCGGCUGUAACAGAUAUGAAAAACAGUAGCUCCGUAUCGAACACAUUGACAAAUGGAUGUGUCGUCAGUGGACAUUUGGACUUCCCCUCCACGACACAGCUCAAUGGGAUGGAAAGCAGGAAUGACCAGUGCUUAACAGGAUCUAAUGGAGUUAGUGUGUUAGGCCCAGGACAGCCGUUUCCGAGUAGCCAGGCUUCCCCCGGUGCGGAUGGGCCCGCGGUGCCAGGAAAGGCGGCGAGCACUGGCUCUGACAUGUGCGGCUCGCUGCACCUCAAUGGGAGCCCAAGUAGCUGCAUAGCCAGUAGGCCUUCCUGGGUGGAAGACGUGGGGGAGAAUUUGCACUAUGGACAUUACCACGGCUUCGGGGACACUGCCGAGAGCAUCCCCGAGCUUAACAGUGUGCUAGAGCAUUCCAGGUCCGUGACGGUGCAGGAGCGGUACGACACGGCCGUCCUGGGCUCCAUGCACCUUUACCACGGCUCCUAAGGCCGGGCGGCCCGGCGCUGUCUGGGCGCAGCACCCGUCCCCAGGAACCAGCCCGGAAUAUUCGCAUAGCACCAGCUUGAAGGAGAGCCGAGGCCUGAGCCCUUGUUCACGGCUCAGGCUUUGGGAGGAAGUGGGCGCUGGACGAGGUCCUCGCGGGUCCUGUGCGCGCCGCAGGCGUACGGAGCACGCGGGAGCCUCUUGCGGGGUGCGCUCGUGGGAUUCGGCCCUUCUGCUGCCGGUCUCAGUGUUUUCUCUAGAAUAUUGUCACCCAUAAAUUGCCAUUUUUCCUUAUGUCAAUUAAAUUAUUUCUGAUGAACAGAUCAGAGGCAGUAAACGAGUUGCCCGGUAAAAACUCUGCACGCAGGUGUAAUUUUGAAAAGAUGGCUUUUAGAAUUUAUGUCAGGACAGCUAUUUCCUAUGCAAGGUGCAGCCUCACAGAGGUUUCCCGCAGUGAUUCGUAUGAAGCAAAGGAUGCUGGUCUUUUCCAAAGUUUUCUCACCGAAACUUGGCAACCUGCGUGGGCGGGUCUAGCUUGUAGACACACACACUGUGCGGGGGUUUGAAUGUCGGCCCUUUCUCCGCUCGCUGCCCUGGUCUCACUGAGGACGCACAGCCCGGGACCGACUGCUGAUUUACUGGGGUUUUAUGCCACACUUACUACUUUGUCUCUAGAAUUUUUACCACAGGUAGUUUCCUUUAUAUGUAGUGGAAGUUACUAUUUGUAGGAACUGUCACAUCAAACUAUUUAACUGACUAUUUUGACAUAUUUUCUUUUCUCCUUGUUUUUGUUUUUUGGGGUUUUCUGCUUUAACAUAUAUACCACUAUGUAUAUCCUGUCAACUGAGAGAAUUUUGUAUCACUCUGAAUAAGACUGCAUUAAGUUUAUGAUUUUAUAGAAAUUAGCUUUUGUUUAGGCAACUAGUGGUUACACUGUGCAAAUAUUGUAAUGAAUUUUUACUUUUCUGAUUUUUGUAAUAAAAAUUGGUGAACACAGAAAAUGUCAAAUGAACAAACCGAUGUCUAAGAGUGUUACUAACAUUUUGUUUUUAAACUGUCCUUCACAAAUUGAAUAAAAAACUCUCAUCUCCA